CCCAGAAACUCACCUCUUGAUAUGGACGACGCCGAAAUGAUGGCCCAGAUGGGCAUGCCAAUGUCCUUUGGGAAAAAGGUCGAGAGGAGGCAGGUAAACUUGGCAGAGCGAUUGGAGAAAGCGAAGCGACAGGACAAGCCAAAGCCUAAAGAACAGACUCCUGAGGUGUCAUUUUUUCCCUCUCCCAAGGCGACCGAUUUUCCUCCCCUAGCCCCAGGUCCCUCCAAAACUAAGUUGCCUCUUGUGCCAGACACGAGACCAGAGAACAAGAACGAAGGACCACGUUCGGAAGAAGUUGAGGACGAUGAGGAUGGAGAGGACGCAUAUAAUGAUGAUGACGAAUCCGACGAUGGCGGCUCGAGAUUUCCCGUUUCGCAUGAACUGACUCUCAAGGACCACAACAAGGUCGUCUCAGCCAUUGCUCUCGAUCCUUCCGGUGCACGAAUCGCUUCCGGGUCCCAUGAUUACGAUUGCAAGCUAUGGGACUUUGGUGGUAUGAACGCUGGGCUAAAACCAUUCAAGAGUUGGGAACCAGCGGGUACCUACUACGUGCAUGAUCUGAAGUAUUCUAAUGAUGGGAAUUAUUUACUUGUCAUAUCGGGGACGCUUCAGCCCCUUGUUUUUGACAAGAACGCUGAAAACCAUGACACAUACCCAAAGGGAGACCAGUAUAUACGCGAUAUGAAGCGCACAGACGGCCACGUAGGAGAACUGACGUCCGGCGCCUGGCAUCCUAAAGAUGCGAAUACGUUUAUCACAUCCUCCAACGAUUCCACGGUUAGAAUAUGGGAUGUCGAGAAUAGGAUGAAACAGAAGACGGUGAUAGUUGUCAAGAGCAAAGAACGAGGGACCCGGACAAAGAUAACAGCUUGUAAUUACUCUUACGAUGGGAAACUAGUCGUGAACGCCGGUCUCGAUGGAACCCUUCAUCUCUGGGCAACGUCGGGGACAUACGCCAGACCGUCAUCAUCUAUUGAGAACGCUCAUGCAAAAGGGUCUGAAACAGGGUCGGUAUUGUUCUCCCGUGAUGGGAAUUGCGUACUGUCCCGAGGCGGUGAUGGGACAAUCAAGCUAUGGGACGUAAGAAAGUUCAAGACCCCAUUGUUUGAACGUGGAAAUCUGCCGCUUCUUUAUUCGGAAGGGAACGCGAUGUUCAGUCCCGAUGAACGGAAUGUUAUCUUAGGUCGCUCAGCCACAAGCCGGACGGACAAAGGCGGACUUGUCAUCCUUUCUAGAGAGGGGUUGGAUGAACAACAACGCGUAGAUUGCGACCCUGGUGUUAGUGUGGUUCGGGUGUUCUGGCAUUCGAAGAUCAAUCAGAUUGUCGCCGGGUUGUCGAAUGGUGAAAUCAAAGUACUCUACUCUCCAAGGACCUCCCUCAAUGGAGCCAAACUUGUUCUCACUAAAUCGGCAAAGAAGCUUUCCGUAGAGGACGUGAUGCAGAGGGGGUUAAUGGGGCCAAUUCUUACACCUCAUGCCCUUCCAGGCUUCCGAGAUGAUGGAGAAAUUCGCGCCGGAGGUGCAGGCGGGAAACGAAAGCGAGAAAAGGAACGAAUGGACAAACGAAAGACAAAGAGACCAGAAGCACCGCUCAAUGGACCUGGACGGGGUGGCAGAGUCGGCGCGUCGGCAACUCAGCACAUCGUCCAGCACUUGGUCAGAGAUUCAACACGAGACCAGGAUCCUCGCGAAGCGCUACUCAAGUAUGCAGACACAGAAAAGAAUCCGAUGUGGACAAAAGCCUGGCAGCAAAAUCAGCCAAAACCUGUCUUUGCCGAGGAGGAGGAGGAGGAAGAGAACGAGUAGGACGACGUCAGGGAGGAUUGAUAAUUUUUUAGGGGCUGUGGCAAUUUUUUCAAACUCCGAUUGGAGCUCCGACGCAGUUAUAUAACUGAGGGAAGAGGGUUUUGCGUGCCCCCUUCUGCUGAACCCGUGUCGUGACUCCCGCGCUU